AUGGAUGCAGUGCGCUCAGCCGAUACUAAGAGAGAUGACGUUCAGGGCUUCAAAUUUCUGGACAGUCAAAGCCUGGCUUUGAGUCGGUACAGCAUCAUGAUGGUUGAGGAAAAGUAUCUGGAGUUGUUUGGGAUAGGAAAUCCAAGCAAGAUAUUCAGGGAUCUAUUCCACUCAAUGCGCCGGUUCUUAUUUGAACCAGGAAACCAGUACAUUAGCCACCAGCUCUGGUGGGACAGUACAUUUAAACGACAGGCUAACUGGGAUGCUGCUCCCAGAUUUAUGCAUCCCCAGGCAAUUGAGCUCCUCAAAGAGGAUAGUGGCCAGCUUAAGCGACCAGCUGAGGACGAGAUCAAUGCUGGGUCAUUCAAGAAGCUAGCACUUUAG